AUGAACAACGAACGAUCAGAAAGUGAGUUAAUAAAAUUUCAAAUGUGAAAAUUGAAAAUAUUAACUUGAAAAUUUUCAGUACAAAACGAGCUAAAAAAAGGUCCGUGUGCAGAUUGUGGAUUUUUAUCAGCAAAAUGGGCAUCGUUGACAAGAGGAGUUGUUGUAUGUUCAGAUUGUUAUGCACAACAUACGUAUCUCGGUUGGUUUUUUUUGGAUUUUGGGGCUCUAAUGAGAGUUAGGAGGGUUUUGAACAUUUCAAUUUUAGAAUUUAGGGUUCAGUGAAGCUUUCAGGCCCAGAACAAAUCCUGAACAUCAAAUAUAAUUUCUAAAAAUAUGAAAUCAUAUUGAAAAUGUUUGUGACUUGAACUUCUGGUCCCAGAAUCUAAUUUCCAUCAAUUAAUCUAGCGAUUGUUAUUUUCAGGUCCAUCUGUGAGCUUCUGUCAAUUUAUUGAAACCGAAUCUUGGGAUAUUGAACAUCUGAGGCUACUUCUAGCAUUACACAAGUAAGUUUUCCAGAUUUCAAAUUUUUCCAACUUCAUCUUAUAUAAAUAAUUUUCAGAUCAAAUGCGAACAAAAUCUGGGAAAACACAGUGUCUGAAACAAAAUGGAAAAAGCCAGCCUAUCCGUGAGUUUCAGAUAUUUUCUGUAAAUUCAAAAAUUAAUCUUAAAUGUUUUCAGACAAGCUGGAGAGAUCACAAAAAUGUUUGUCAAGGAAAAAUAUUGUAUUCAAGGAUUUAUCCCGAAAUUGGGAGCUGGUGAAAACCAGGAUAGUUUGAACAAUCAGUUGAUUGCUUGUGCGAGAAGUGAUUUUGUUAAUGUUACUUUGAGGUAUCUUUUUUUUGAGAAUCUCAUAUCAAAAUCAAAAUUUUGCAGGCUUCUCGUUCUUGGCGCCAAUGUGAAUUAUCAAGAUGAAGAUAAUGGAGAUACUGCACUGCAUGUUGCGGCAAGAGAAGGGAAUUCGAAUCAGAUUGAAUUGUUGUUUUUGUAUGGAGCUGAUUUAGCGAUUAGAAAUAAGCAAAAUUUACUUGCUCAUCAAGUUGCGACUGAAAAUGGGAAUGUAAGAUUUUUGGGGUUUUAGGGAAACAUUUUUAGCAUAUUCCAAAAAAAGUUUUACUCAUUUGAAAGAGCAUUUUCUAAUUGAUACAAUUAUCGAAGGAUUUUUUCGCUUCUCGAAAAUUAGUUAAAAAAUUUCAAAGUUUGAAAAAACAGUGAAACAGCGUGUAAAACGGCUUGUGUUUCUCCGCCAAUUCCGAUUUUAAUGAAAAUUUGCCAAUGGCUUUUUUAACAAGGAGAUAAAAUUUGAAUUGGAAUUAAAAUCAACUCAAAUUAAUCGAUUUUCAUUUCAGAAAUCUGAAUUUUCCAAAAAAUUAAGAUUUGAAAAAUUGAUCUUAUCAAAAACUUUUUUGUAAUUUCACAAAAAUUCCAAAAAAAAAAAAUCAAACUUGCAAUCUGAACCAAGUUUAAGAAAAAUAGAAAAUCGAAAUUUCACAGCCUGUAAAUUCCUAGUGACUUUUGACAAACUUCCUUAUACCCAUUCACUUUUUUCUUCAUUUCUAAUCAGCCCCAAUUAAUUACAGAUCAUAAAUCAAAAUCAAUUAAUCCGACUGCAUUUUUACUUCACCGACAGAUUCACCUAUUUCCUUUGCAAACGAAAACCUGAUCAUUCGGCUGGCAAACAUUUCUACCUUCCAACAAUUAACCAAUUCAAAAAUCGCGCUUUCAAAUAUUUCGACACUUGUCAAGAGACCAUUUUACAUUGUUCGGAUUCUACACUCUACGAAAUGAGUCAGGAUUUUUAUGAUGAAAUUAAUCGACGCGACAAUUUGGCUGUUUGGCACACUAAAGUUCAUGUUGAAAAUAACACUGAACCGAAUCUCUGGUUUUUACCGGUAAGUAAAGUUUAUUUAUAUUAACAAAAAAAACUAAUUCUAAUUUUGUUCCAGCCGAAUCCACAUUUCUGCGCAGCUCGAAAUCAAAGACGACAGAAAUUCGGAAAAAUGAGCCUUGCUGCUUUCGAAUGUUUUAUAUAUCAUAUGAUUAGAGAGCAAAAACGGAGAUUUAAUGGAGAGCCGGCAACAAUGACAACAUCUACACCAAGACUGCAAACCAAACCAAAAACGUGGGAUUUUUUUUGGGAGAAGGGUUUUAGAAUUUUAGGAAGCAAGAAAUCCAAUUCUGAAUUCACUUUUAGAUAUUGUUCUGACAUUGAGUUAGGAUUUCGAGCAUAGCUUUCAGAUUCAUGAUCAGAAAAUGGAAUUAUUCAAAAUCAGAUAUCUCUGUUUUGAUUCAGAUCAAAAUUAAAAAUUUGUGGAAAUUUUUUCAGAAGAGCUGAUCUUGAUAGAUCUGAAUGUGAUGAUGCUCUUCCAUCUUGCUCUCCACCAGUAACUCGACCUCUAUCAAAUGACGAACCGCUCUAUGAUGAUAUUAUCGAUGAGAAAAUUUCUCUUGAUGAUAUUCUUGAGAUCAAAGAAAAAUUGGCCGCCACAGAAAAUAUUGUUCAUGCUUUGACAAAGAAGAAUGAGAGUUUGACAAAGUAAGUUUCCCGAAUUUCUGAAUUUCAUCCUCAUUUUUAUAUUUUUGUUUUCAGACUUGUUCACAAUUUGACAACACAAAACUCAAACAUCAAUGCCGAAUUAUUCUCAUUGAAGGAGGAAAUCAACAAAAUCAACAGGAACAAUGUGAAUCGUCGAAUUCCCUCACCAUUCGGAGCGGAUUCAACAGAAAGAUCCAUCCCAAUCCAAUAUUAUGGCGCAAGACAGAGUGAAGAUCGCAUCGAUGGAAAUGGCGGUGGAGCGAGAUGGAGAUCGAGUUCAAGUGAUCGACGAAAUUCGAAUGAUGUUCGACCGGUUGAAACGAGAAUUGAGAGUGUUAUUGAGACAACUCCUUCAGCAAGACCAUCGAGAAGAAAUCGCGAUGAAUUGAAUUUUAUUAUUCAACAAGGAGAGCACAUCACUAAAUAUAUUCGAUUAUUGAUUGAGAAAGGGCAGAAUGGGAAUACACAAAAAUCUACAAUUGAUGGGGUGAGUUUUGAUAUUGAAAUAGCAAACAUGCUCCACCGCACAAUUAAAUUUUCUUGAGCUCGAAAUAAGCUAUCAUGUUUUUUUUUUUUUGGUAGAUCAUGCUUCGAGUUUUGUGGAGCCCCGAAAAGAUUUUUUUUAUUUUUGUUUAGUUUUUAUAAUCAAUUAACUAAUUAAUUACCCUAAUUAAAUUAUUUCAGCUCUACUCUGCAGUCAAUAUUCUUAUCCAACAUCUCCCCAAUUAUAUUUCAAAUGAUAAAAUUCAAUCACUUAUCGAUUCUCUGGUGGUAAGCGCAUACUUUCUUGAAUUACAAAAAAUUAAAAACUGAAAUGUAUUUUUUCCAGCAACUCAGCGCAAAAUGUCAAAGUCCCUCCUCAAACGCCGGAGAAAUUGCAGAAUCUGCUCAAAUUCUCGCUGAUAAAUUGCGCAUUGUUCUUCUUGACGUAUAG